AUGAUAAUUUUACUAAUCUUUCAUUUUAUUAGAUUGUUAUUGUUAUAUAAAGAGAAGGAUUAAUACAUUACUUUUAUGAUGGUUUUAUUAAUAUUGCAAAUUACUCUAGAAAUAUUAUGCUAUUCAAAACAAACCCACUUUCAAUAAUUGUUAUAAUAUUCUAUUAUACUUGUAGAUUUUAUAGUUUUUCAAAUCGAGUCCAUAAUUUAUGGUUUUAAUGAGGUUCAUUAAAAUUUUGUUUUUAUUAUUAUUAUAUAUGUUUAUGGAGAUUUACAUAAUGAGAAAACACAAAAAGUGUAAUGGUAAAUUGUUAAAUACGGUCUUUUAUUGUUGCUAUUUUUUGGCUUUUCAUUUGAAGGAGAAUUUUAGAAGAAAAACACCAAAUUAAAUUUAGAAUAUUUAAGUCUUAUAAACUAUAAAAUACAUAUUUUACUUAUGAUAUUCUUAUUGUCUUAGAAUCAGAAAAAUAAUAAAUAGUCUCAAAUACAAAAAAUAGGAACUAUAUAAGUAGAAAAAUGUUAAUUUACCAAUGAUUAAAAUGAAAAUUAAAUAAAACGCUGUUUUACUUAAAAAUCAUCAUCCUCUCAUGUCAGUGAAAUGAUGGAGGAUUUUUAAACUGUUAGCAAAAGUAUUCUUAAUUAGAAUAUUGAUUUUAAUUUGAUAUUAGAAGCACUUUAAGAAGGUGUGAUUUUAGUUCAUUUUGAAAAAUCAGAUGAUCUAAAUUAACCUAAUCUUAAAGUGGAGUAUUAAAAUUAACUUAGUAAGAAGAUGUUUUAAAAGACAAAUAAAGAACUUUUAUAAUUAUUUGAGAAAAUGCCAAGUGAAGUACUCUAAGAUGAAUCUCCUAUGUUAGCUAGAAGUUCUCUAGUAUUAUUAUAGAGUUUUGCUUCUUAAUAAUAUAAAAAUAUUCCUAAAAGAACAUCAGUAUUGAAUGCUGUUUAUUCAAUUUCUUAAGAUUCUAAAAAGGAUAGUAAAUAAAAUAGAAUUAGUACUUAAUCUCCAGGAGCGGGCUCAUUUUCAUAUUAAGUAAUUUAUUUAAUUUUCAUUAAUUUAGCUUAAUACAGUUUUAAGAUGUAUAUUGUAUGUAUUUACAACAAAGAAGCUUAAAUUUGAGAUUAAUGGAAAAGUGGAGGCUAUGAUUAUUGAGACAAGUUUUGAGAUAGACAAUAAUAAAAAAUAGAUAGAAUUAAUUAUAACUUUUGGUGGAGAGAAUAUUUUAUUAAUUAUAGCUCGUGAUGUUGUUCAUAGAAAAAAUAUUAAAGAAUUAUUGGAUAUUAAUUAAUCAAAAUCUAAGACAUUAUCUUUUGUAAGUCACGAAUUUCGUUCUCCAUUAAAUGUAAUGUUAAAUAUUUUGAGUGAAUUAAAAGAAAGUUCUUUUUAGAAUAAACAUAUUUUUAAAAGUGUUUAGAUAGUUAAAGAAAAUGCUGCAUAUAUGUUAAAUUUAGCUAAUGAUCUACUUGAUUUAGCUCAGAUAAAAGCAGAAACAUUUAAUUUGAAUUUAAAAAGCUUUAAUUUAUUAGAGUUAGGAGAAGAGUGUCUAGAGAUGUUUAAAUUAUAAGCAGAAUAGAAAAAGAUAGAUCUCAAGAUUUAAACAAAUACUAGACCAUUAUUUUUAUAUUCUGAUAGAAAUAGAUUAAAAUAGAUUUUUAUUAAUUUAAUUGCUAAUGCUAUGAAAUUUACAUAAUUUGGUUUAAUUAUUAUAAAAUUUGAAUAGAAAGGAUUAUUGGUUAAUGUUGGAGUUAAAGAUUCUGGUAUAGGUAUAUCAGAAGAUGGAUAAAAAAUGUUAUUUAAGGCUUUUGGGAAAAUAAAAGAUGCUUAAAAUUAAAAGUUAAAUGAAUAAGGAGUAGGAUUGGGAUUAUUAAUAAGUAAUAAAAUAGCUUAAUAAUUAUCAUAUAAUAAUUAAGGUUUAUAAGUGAUUUCUAAUAAUAAUGAUGAAAAGAAUCAUGGAUCUUUCUUUUAUUUAACAUUAAAUAUUUAAGAUUUUCAUAUUAAAGUAACAUCAAAUAAAAUAGAAUAAUUAAGUAAUUCUAUUGAUUUUCCAAUAUCUUAUGAUCAAAAUCCUAUUAAAGAAAAUUUUGAAUAUAAUGAUUCUAUUUUUUAAUAAAAAGUACUUGAUAUAAUGCCAAAAUCAAUAUGUUAACAUAUUUUAAUUGUUGAUGAUAAUGUCUUUAAUUAAAAUAUUUUAGAGAUGUAAAUAUCAUAAUUGUAAUAUGAUUCUUAAUUUAAUUUUAGUACAAAAUCUACAAUAGAUAAGUCAUUUAAUGGUUUAGAAGCAAUAAAAUGUGUAAAUUCAAAAAAAUGCAAUGAAUAAUGUCCUGGAUAUUAAGCCAUAUUUAUGGAUUUAGAAAUGCCAGUUAUGAAUGGAAUGAUAGCUUCAGAAUAAAUACUGAAGAUUAAACCAAACAUUAAAAUAUUUAUUGUUUCUGGAUAUGAUGAUAAUAAAUUGAAAUAAGAAGGUGAAAAAUUAGGAAUUAAAUGUUUUAUAAUUAAACCAAUUUUAAAAGAUAAAGUGUAAAAACUUAUUUAAGAAUAUCAUUUAUGA